AUGCGCUCCGACGGCCCGGCGAUGGCGACGCCGGAGGAGCCCUUGAGGAGGCGGAAGGCCGGGGUCGCGGGCCCGGCGCCUGAAUCUUCGCCAGGGCCGGGGCGCGACCCUGCGGGCUGCCCAGCCCGCCUCCGCGCGGGCACCUUCUGGCUGACCAGGAUCGUGCUCCUGAAGGCCCUCGCUUUCGUUUACUUUGUGGCAUUCUUGGUGGCCUUCCAUCAGAACAAGCAGCUGAUUGGAGACAGGGGACUGCUGCCCUGCAGAGUGUACCUGAGGAGUGUGCAGCAGCACUUCCGUGGGCAAGUCAGCUGGGAGACCGUGAGCUAUGCCCCCACCGUCCUCUGGCUGCUGGACUGGUCUCACAUGGACUUCAACCUGGACGCGCUGGCUCUUCUCGGGCUGGGCAUCUCCUCUUUCAUCCUGGUCUCCGGCUGUGCCAAUAUGGUUCUCAUGGCUGCUCUCUGGGUCCUCUACAUGUCCCUGGUCAACGUGGGGCAGAUCUGGUAUUCAUUUGGUAAGUGGCAGACACUUAGGAUAGCCUACCAUGUUAGAGGAUGGGAGUCCCAGCUUCUGGAGACGGGCUUCCUGGGGAUUUUCCUGUGCCCUCUCUGGACUCUGUCUCCAUUGCCCAGGGGGACCCCCACGUCCCGGAUCGUCCUGUGGGGCUAUCGGUGGCUGAUUUUCAGAAUCAUGCUCGGAGCGGGCCUGAUCAAGAUCCGGGGGGACCAGUGCUGGCGGAACCUCACCUGCAUGGACUUCCACUACGAGACGCAGCCGGUGCCCAACCCCAUGGCCUACUUCCUGCACCACUCCCCAUGGUGGUUCCACCGCUUCGAGACCCUCAGCAACCACUUCCUGGAGCUCGUGGUGCCCUUCUUCGUCUUCCUCGGACGGCAGAUGUGCAUCCUCCAUGGGGCCCUACAGAUCCUGUUCCAGAUGGUCCUCAUCAUCAGCGGGAAUCUGAGCUUCCUGAACUGGCUGACCAUCGUGCCCAGCCUCGCCUGCUUCGAUGAUGCCACUCUGGGCUUCCUGUUUCCCUCGGGGCCCGGCUGCCUCAAGGACCAAGUCCUGAGGAUGCAGGAGGAGGAAGCUCGAGGGGCCAGGGCCCCAUGGACACACGGCAGCGUGGCACGGCACACAGUCAACCUGGCGCUGGGCGUCCUGGUCGCCUGGCUCAGCAUCCCUGUGGUCCUCAACUUGCUGAGCCCCCGGCAGGUCAUGAACAGCUCCUUCAACCCUCUCCGGAUCGUCAACACAUAUGGGGCCUUUGGCAGCAUCACCAAGGAACGCACGGAGGUCAUCCUGCAGGGCACCGCCAGCCCCAAUGCCAGCGCGCCAGACGCCAAGUGGGAGGACUACGAGUUCAAGUGCAAGCCCGGUGACCUGAAGCGGCGGCCAUGCCUCAUCUCCCCGUACCACCACCGCCUGGAUUGGCUUAUGUGGUUUGCCGCCUUCCAGACCUACGAGCACAACGAGUGGAUCAUCCACCUGGCAGGCAAGCUCCUGGCCAACGAUGCCCAGGCCCUAUCCCUGCUGGCCCUUAACCCCUUCGCAGGCAGGGCACCACCCAGGUGGGUCCGGGGAGAGCACUACAGGUACAAGUUCAGCCGCCCCGGGGGCACACACGCCGCUGAGGGCAAGUGGUGGAUCCGGAAGAGGCUCGGCCCCUACUUCCCCCCACUCAGCUUUCAGGACCUGAAGGGUUACUUCAGGUCACGGGAGUGGCCGUACCCCAAACCCGAAUAGAGGUGGCCCAGGGCUUGUGCCCCAAGAAAUAAAGUGAGAAGACCACGG